CCCCUGAAAGAGAUCUAGUGCUACAUUUAGGAGUGAUGAACCUGAAGCGUCUAACAGCUGCCAUUUUAAAACAACAAGACGAUGUGUGUAGCUCUGCAAUAAUUCAACUUCUCGAAAAUAGUUCCGACUUUAAGAAUUUGGCGCUUAGGGAGGGUCAAGCAAUACUUAAACGAGAUGAAGAAGAUGAAAGCAAACUCGCGAAGGGAAUUGAACUUGCUGUCAGAAAAAACAUUCUAAAAAAGAAGUUCGAAGACCCACCAGCGAUCCGAAUUAAUGUGAAAAACCGCACUGCCCAGGAGAUCACAGACGAAAUUAUUACGCAUUUACCAUCGCGUGAGGGCAACGUCAUCGUGGUACAGGGCCUCAGCGGGACCGGGAAGGGCACGACUGUCUCAAAGCUUUGGAGAGCUCUACCACGAUGCGUCAUAUGGAGUAACGGCAACGUGUUUCGCAGCUACACUUACUUAUGUAAUGAAGAGCUCGCUAAAUCUGGGAAAUGCAUAUCCGAUGAAACCCUCACCCCAGAGCUCCUGCGUUCAUUGGAGAAACGGAUUACUUUCGAGAAGACAGAAAGCGACGGCCAGUACCACACGAUCCUGGAUGGGCACGUUCGAGUAGAUGACAUUGAAAACACCAUUCUCAAGAUGCCCUUCAUUGGUCAGAAUGUCCCCACUGUGGCUCAACAGACGCAAGGUGAGGUCAUUCGCUUCGCCAUAAACGCGCUACAAAAGCUAAGUGAAGAAGGCUACAAUGUCGUGGUGGAGGGUCGCGCACAGACCCUGAAUUUUAUUGAAACCAAGGAGCGUUUUGAGCUUUUCAUUCCGGAUGUACCCACCCUCGGCCAGCGGCGAGCGGCGCAGCGCGUCAUGGCACGGGCCCUGGAUCUCGUCGGCAGUCAAAUCGACUCCUUGUCCGAUAAAGAAGUAUGUCGAUACGUUGAGGAUGCACUCGAAUAUCUUACUCGCUGUGAUUAAUAAAGGUGCGUAUGUGUUUUCCUCUUUAAAAAUGUACCAGUCUCUUUCUACAUAUAAUUUGCUGUGUUUGGAGAAAUAAGUAAAAAGAUUUUAGCCAGUUGUAAAAAUUUUCCCCUUCUCCUUAAGUGUUUUUAUCCCAAAUCGGUCCUACUAGGGUGGUCGGAUAAGAUUGUAAGCUUAUUUAUCAUAAAUAAAUUUGCCAAUGUACGAGUAUUUUGCUGUAAUAUGGA